AUGGCGAUCAAGUCAUCCGUCCUCGCGGCCUACUUGGCUCUUUUUGGUUCGACUCUGGCGCAGAGCGUUGACGGUUCACAGUAUAAUAACCCAACUGCUGGUCCUCCUGCCAGCUUCUUUGCAGCUGCAACCACCGUCCCUGUUGCUGCGUUGCAGAGUGCUGCUGCAAAGGCUAGCACGGCGGCCAAGGAUGCAACUUACCCUAUCAAUUCGGACGGUGGAGCCCCCAAAGUUACUAUCCACGGCGACUGGUCUAGCUUCAGCGAGGGCGCUGCAUUCGUUUGGGUGGCAGACAUGGAUGUGGACUGUGACGGCCUUGACUAUAAGUGCAAGGGCAACCCUGACGGCCAGCCUGGCACCAACUUCGGUGCUCUGGCCGCCUACGAGGUUCCAUUCUUUGUGAUCCCUGACAAGUUCGGCACCACCUACCAGAACAUCCUUCCCGGCAACAACGUCGGCGCAGUCAUUUGCAAUGGCAAAAUGUUCUAUGGUAUCUACGGCGAUUCAGACGGUGAUACUCCGCAAGCUAUCGGGGAAGCCUCUUGGUUAAUGGCUCGCACCUGUUUCCCAAAUGAUGACCUGAACGGUAACAGUGGCCACGGUGCUGUCGAUGUCACCUAUAUCCUCUUCACCGGCAGCGACGCGGUCCUCCCGAGCAGCGCGCUGAACAAAAACUACGUUACUAACUUCAGCACCCUCCGGUCCAUGGGCGACAAGCUGAUCACCGCACUGGCAAAGAAUCUCAACCUCGUCUCUGGCGGGGGUUCGUCUACGUCUACCACUUUGACUACGCAGGUAUCUACCACUACUAGCAGUGGUACUGGUUCUACUGGAACCUCGUGCUCAUGGGCUGGUCACUGUAUUGGAAGCUCUUGCUCUUCUGAUAGCGACUGCUCUGAUAAUCUAGUUUGCACGAGUGGAAAAUGUGCUUCGUCGGGAUCUUCUGGUGGAUCUUCUGGUGGAUCUUGCUCGUGGGCUGGACAUUGUGCCGGUGCUUCUUGCUCUUCGGGUGAUGAUUGCUCGGAUGCGUUGGUCUGCAGCAGUGGCAAGUGUGCUAGUGCUUGA